GACAGGGAAAUCCAAGGCCGUCGACUGGCGCAGUGGAUAGAGCACUCCCCUUUCACAAAAACUUGUAAAAAGGACGUACAGGACUGGAUAUGGCUGUUAGUGUACGGGUCCUAUGAAAUCGUCGUUUAUAAUCUCCUGGUUGUCGUCACGUGGCGAUCCUUAUGGGAACUCAUGGAUAUUCUCAUAAUCCCGGACAAUCUUACUCUCUCUGCCUACAUUUCCCUCUUCAUCAGCGUCACUCUAGCGACCCCGGUUAUUCUUGGUGAAAACAUGCUUCGAACUUACUGCCGAAAAUUAGAAGUAAGCCAAGCCUUGGGAGUUUUUAAGAAACUCUUAUCCAAGGGCUACAUCAUGCUCACUGUCUGUAUUACCGUGAACCUUUGGAGAGGAGCUUGGCACCUGCAGACGACAUUACUUCUCCCGGGAAACCCGAAAUUGAGCGCUCUUAUCUCCCACUGUGUAGGAUUUGCCGGUUUAAUGCUCUGUCUGGUCACACGGACGUUGGCUGGGGGCGCUGAUUUUGAGGAUAGUGACAUUUAUGAACAAUGCGUUACAAUGUACAGCAUGUCCUGUGUAAAACGAUUCGUAGAGAAGUUUGACAGUAAAGUCUCUGCUGUACCACAGGACACUGAUCUACAAGAUUUUGCAGGAAUCGGAUUGUAAAAGUAAAUACAUUUUGAAUUCAUACUUCUUGGCGAGUUUUAAAACUCACCAAAAAAGAAAACGAAUAAGGUUUUGCUUAUAUUUACAAAAUCACACUUUUCAAGGUAAAACUUG